CGUGUUGUUUUCGUGCAUGUGCGUGUGAAUGGUUGUCAGAUAGAGAAAGUCAGAGAGCGCAUGAGCAGCUAGUUUAAAAAGCUUAUUAGUAAAUAUCGACGUCAUUGUAUGGAGAGUUUUGACGAUUGAAGAGAAUCACAGAAAAAAGCAGAGAACUCAAAUAUAAUCUUCAGGAGAAUAUGUACAACAGCGUUUUGCUUUUCGGCCACCUCCUGAUAAUAAGUGCAGUGGAAGCUGGUGCAGGUGGAGUGUCAUUCUGGAGGGAAAAUGUCACAAUGACAUGCCCAAAUAAUGGGAGUUGGUUCAAAGCUGGAAAUGAGGUGGGCUAUCGAAGCAAUUCCUAUACACUUACUUAUAAUGGCAAAAACAAAGGCCUUUACCAUUGUGAAUAUGGCAAGAACAGCAAAUAUUAUUUCUACGUGGAAGGAAAAGUGUGCACUGAUUGUUUUGAGCUGGACGCAACAAUGUUUGGGUCGGUCAUUGUUGCAGAUGUGAGCAUAACAAUUAUAUUGAUGAUACUCAUCUAUAAGUGGACCCAGAAGAAAAGUUCACCUGGUGCAAAGGCACCUGCAGGCCCGGCCCCUCCUUCUCCAGACUAUAAGCACCUGAACACGCACAGACGCUCCCAGGAUCCAUACUCUUUUAUCAACAAUAGCAAGUUAAUGUGAGGCAGGUCACAAGCUGGAACAUUUCAUCAGGGAAGACAAUCAACUGAAAAAAAGGAGGAGCUGCAUGGAAACAUUUUGCUCUUAUUAGUGUUAGUGUUCUGGCAGCUCCAUACAAUCAUAAGUGCACAAGCAGGUCACUCGUCAUUUCAUCCUAAUUAAGGAACGAUGACUACACAAAGUAGGAUCAUGGCACAAACUCAUUCCCAUGUGAAUUUAUCAGACAAAAGUACUAAAAGUUCAACUUUCUAUCGAAAUUGGAAUAUUCUACAGCAACAUGAGUGGCCAUUUGUCUGUGUGACAUCGUUGUGUAUCAGAAUACACCUGACAAACAUAGCUGAUAUGCACUGGGCAAAAUGGUCUGCAAAGUUAUACAAUUGGGCGUCUUAGGUCAAAAGUCAUCUAGCCCUGGGUUCUGGAUGACCUCCGAUUUGUUCUGAGUUAGUAAAAAAUGAAUUCACAUUGGAAAUAAUAGGAAAGGAAAUAUAUCCAUUACUUUUUUAUCAGUCAACCUCUCACCAUCAUAAAACCUUUAUAACUGUAUAGGCAAUGUUUGAAGUUAUAUUUUAACAUUUUAAACUAUCAUCAAAGUGAAAUAAAUAUUUACAAUGACUUAAAUGGAAGUGCAGAGUGAAGCUAGAAGAUUGCUGAACAUGAACUGACUUCAUUUUUUACCUGUUGCACAAGUGGAAUGAUAAUUUAACAGCUGUAUAUUAAAACAUUAUACCAAAUAAUUGUGCACUCAACUAUAACUUUGAUGAAUGUUUACAGAUCAUUGUGAGUAUAUUUGCAUUAUUUACCGGUGUACAAGUUCUUAUUUUAUUGUCGAUAUCAACUUAUUGUCGCUUUAGUCCAUAUUGUAGUGAGUAGCUAGCACAGAUUCGUGUGUACAAUGGUCCCAACUGCCCCACUGGAUAUGCACUGUCCGUACCUUGUGAAAUCAUUGAUCAUUUUUGUGAGAAAUAAUAAACCUUAAUCCAAAAAAAGUGUCUUCAAAUUGAUGAAUAUCAUUAAUUAAUUAACCUGGAAUUUUUUUUAAAAGUCAUUUGAGAAAAUGUGUUAUUUCAGAAGUGUGUAUCAAACUGGUAGCCCUCCUCUUGAAUCAGUAUCCAAGAUUUGGUAAGUUCCUCUCAGUUUCAAAAAAGUUGGUGGCCCCUGCUUGAGGUGCUAAUUGAGUUGAGGUAUUGCGUGCGAGAUGGGCUGAGGUCUUGGGGGAUUUAUUGAUCGAAUUCUGACAUUAGAAUUUAGAGGUUCCAAUGUAUUUGGCAAUGUGAAUGCUAUACAUAGCUUGUCUUAUUUUCAUCCUAUUGAUGUUACAUUGUUAGUUGUUAGGGGUUUAUGGGAUUAGCCAUCACAACGACAAUGACCAGCAAGUAUAUAGGUGAAAGAAAGUAUGUUUGUUUUCUUUGCAAUGGAGUCAAUAACUCCUCAUUGGGUGGUUGGACUUCAUGAAAUUGUUUGUAUCUACAGUAUAACCAUUUGCUGGGUUGAACCAUAAAUGCUAUCCAAUACACAAACGUUGAACAUUUUCAACUGCUCGAAAUGUAUUCUUUUAUUCAAAUAAAAUCAUGCUUAUUUUACAUAUGCAAUGAAAUGUACAUUCUAUACUGUUUAUAUGACUAUCAACUGAUUCUCCAAAUAUUUUUUUGUGAAGGACAGUUCAAUAAAUGCAGUUAAUGUUCUCUUCCCUUUUCAUGUUUGUGGUUGGAAACAUCACUGUGAUACUUUUACAGAUAUGAGUGGGGGUUCGACACUCGUGAUGCUGCCUCAAAGCCGCAGCUCGUAUCCGUUACACUCCCACGUGCACACAUGCAGACGUGGUGCCAUCACCUGCUUGUGUCAGUGGGGGAAGGAGAAACUUGUGUCUGCUGGCUCCCUCGCUGUCUAAAAAGACUUGGUUGUUAAUUUUGUCACCACUGCAUUUUCCCAGCAGCACCUAAAACAUGACGUCGAGGCAAUGUCACAGUUCUUUGUUCAGCUUACUAAUGAAUCAUAAGUUAUAAUUGAAGAACUCCCACUUACUGCUAGGCGUGUGUGUGCGUGUGUGUGCGUGUGUUUGAUAUGUUAAGAAGGAGAGAUACAAGAACUGAGACUUCAAGAUUGUCUGACAAGGACUGGCUUUCAUUUCGUACCAGUUCUCCUCACCUCACCUCUCCUCUACGUCUUCUUAUGCCACUCCCUCAUUGUACAUUUUCCUUCUCUCUAUCCUUCCUAAUCAGUAAAUCCCUGUGUCCAACCUGUUGUCUGUGUGUCUGAUGUCAAAGUGACUAAGAUGAUAAUGACAAGGUAGGAUCUGUUUGAAUGAAAAGACUGUUUUCACAAGCAUUUAGAGGGAUUUUGUGGCAAAUGCAUUUUCAUUGUAUCAUAUUCACUGUGCAUUUGUAGUUUUGCACAAUAAAGUAAUUGGACGUUUUCAAUAUUUUCUGUUUAAACCCAGCAUGACCACAAUGAAUGCAAAGUCACAAAAAAUGUUUACAUUGGUAUGAAAAGUAAUGACUUUUCAUGAGUAAAGAACAGUUGUUUUCUCAUGAAUGAAAUAUUGUGAAAAAUUUGAUGUUGCAAAUUGUAGUGUUUAAUAUAGCACAUCCUCAGCAUUGUUGUGGAGCGUGUCAGGCCAAGACAUCUGCACGUGUGCUUAAAGUUCUCAAAUGUAUAUGAUCCUCGUGUUCCUGGAGAAUGACAUUUUUAUUUACAUAGCACUGCAGUU